AGUCGGCAAAUUCCAUCUAUAAGAGGAACGUAGAUCUCAUAGCCCUCUCCUCAUCUAUUGCUCGGCAAGAAAUUCAAUUUUCAACGUUCGAAGCUUUUUCCAAUUUCUUUUUCAAGAUGCAAAUCUUUGUGAAAACCCUUACUGGCAAGACCAUCACCCUUGAGGUGGAGAGUUCAGACACCAUCGACAAUGUGAAGGCUAAGAUUCAGGACAAAGAGGGGAUCCCACCAGAUCAGCAAAGGCUAAUCUUUGCUGGCAAACAACUUGAAGAUGGUCGCACGCUAGCUGACUACAACAUCCAGAAGGAGUCGACCCUCCACCUGGUGCUUCGUCUUCGUGGUGGCAUGCAAAUCUUUGUCAAGACUCUCACUGGAAAGACAAUUACCUUGGAGGUUGAAAGCUCUGACACUAUUGAUAAUGUCAAGGCUAAGAUUCAAGACAAGGAAGGAAUUCCCCCAGACCAACAGAGGCUUAUCUUUGCCGGAAAGCAGCUUGAAGAUGGUCGUACACUAGCAGACUAUAACAUCCAGAAGGAGUCCACCCUCCACCUAGUGCUUCGUCUUCGUGGUGGCAUGCAAAUCUUUGUCAAAACCCUCACUGGCAAGACCAUUACCCUUGAGGUUGAGAGUUCAGAUACCAUUGAUAAUGUGAAAGCCAAAAUUCAGGACAAAGAGGGUAUCCCACCAGACCAGCAGAGAUUGAUUUUUGCAGGAAAACAGCUUGAAGAUGGAAGGACUCUUGCUGAUUAUAAUAUCCAGAAGGAGUCAACUCUCCAUUUGGUUCUCCGUCUUCGAGGUGGUAUGCAGAUCUUUGUGAAGACUCUGACCGGAAAGACUAUCACUUUGGAGGUUGAAAGUUCAGACACCAUUGACAACGUGAAGGCAAAGAUCCAAGACAAGGAGGGUAUCCCUCCUGACCAGCAAAGGCUCAUCUUUGCUGGAAAGCAGCUUGAAGAUGGGAGGACGUUGGCUGACUAUAAUAUCCAAAAGGAGUCAACCCUUCACUUGGUGUUACGACUGCGUGGUGGGAUGCAGAUCUUUGUUAAGACCUUAACUGGAAAGACGAUCACUUUGGAGGUUGAAAGUUCAGACACCAUUGAUAACGUUAAGGCAAAGAUUCAGGACAAGGAAGGGAUCCCACCAGACCAGCAGAGGUUGAUAUUUGCUGGAAAGCAGCUGGAGGACGGGAGAACUCUUGCAGAUUAUAACAUCCAGAAGGAAUCUACUCUUCAUCUUGUCCUUCGCCUUCGUGGUGGUUUCUAAGUUUUAAAGCUUGAAAUCUGAUUAAGCAGUAAGGGUGUUUGGUCUUUUAGGGAGUUGUUUGUGUUUGUUGGCUUUAAAUAAUAUCUGAAACUCAUUUCGGUUGUCUGUUUGGUUUAUCCUGUAUCGGUCCUGUUGUGGUAUUAAACCUUUAUGGAUUAUGUUAGAUCUCUUAAAUACUUCCUCCUAUAAAUGUUUUCUUAUAAUUUAGUUUGCUGGUUUGUGGAUC